CAUUGGAACGCCAUGUUUCUUGUGAUGUUCGUGGUUUAGGCAAUUUUUUGACUAGAUUUAAUCAUAUAAGCAAAAUGGCUAAUGAUGAUCCAAGUUUAUUAAAGGAAGACGGUUAUCUUAAUGUAGAUACAGAGUGUAAGAGUAUUGUAUAUCAUCCUAAUUUAAACGUAUUACUUAUCACAACUGGCAAUGCGCAAGUAUACGUGUUUGAUGUCAACUUCGGGGUAAUUUUACAACGAAGUAUUCUGUCUGGUAAACCAGAUGGGAAGUUGCAAGGAGUUUAUCUUGGCGAUGGUGUAGAUAAAGUCUUAUACACUGAUGGCAGAGGAAUUGGUGUAAGAAGUGAUUACAAUGGUGUUUUAUUAUUAGAUACCAUAUUACAAACGCCGGUAUCUAGAAGUGAAGACAUCAUAAAACUAGAGCUGUUACUUUCUGAAGCAUGUCUGCUGCAUCAGUGUCUAAGGCUUGUAGAUCUUCCAGGAGUUAACAAAGUACAGAGUGUAUUACAAGAGUUAUCGAACAAAAUCCUUGUUGCACAAGAAACGCAAAAAAAAGGUGUCAAAGCACAAAAAUGGAAUACAAUAUGUCUGGAACUGCCACAUGGAGUAUUGAAACUUGUAUGUUCUGGAUUAGUAAUGGAAUUGAAAAAACAAAACAAACAUAUACCAGCUUUACCGAUAGCUUCUGCCAUUAACGAGCGACUGAACGGCCUACUUCCUGGCCUUAUUUUAGAGAGUGUGCCUGCUGACAAAGUGUCGAUGUUUAGUGAGGCAGCACGUCGUGAAACAUUUGCAAAAUGGCCCCACAUGAAUUAUAAGUGGGCUUUACCUGGACAAAUGGCUCAAGCAGGUUUUUAUCACGAACCCAAUACAACAGCUGAUGAUAGAGCUAUGUGUUUCACGUGCAACGUUUGUUUAGUUGCUUGGGAGCCAACUGAUGAACCUUGGUCUGAACAUGAACGUCAUUCACCUGCUUGUCCAUUCGUUAAAGGAGAGUACACUCAGAAUGUACCUUUAUCUGUCACUCUCGCCACUGCCCCGGCUUGUGAAUCAAAUGAUACUGUGGAAAUUAUUAGUACAACAAAUGUUCCUGGACUUGUAGCCACUGCAUCACAUAGUGGAUAUGUCAAUAUUUGGAAUAUUAGUAGCCAACUGAAGGGUGAAGUAUCAUUUUAUGUUGCAUCUUGCGAUCAAGAAGCUAAUAAUGAAGACGCUAUACAGUUUUAUGCUGCAAGGAAUUUAUCAACUCCGUACCUGUCGAAUCUCAGUUCUGAAGGCGACUCUUUAGUUGAUUUUAAGUCUGUGAAUUUUCACAAAGUUCAUUUAACAGCAAUAUCACUUGUGGGUGGACCAAAAACGUGUGUAGAUGAAGUAAAAGCUAAUAGUGGUAGUUUAGCGAGUCUUACAACAUUAGCAGAAAGUGCAGAUUCAAGUAUCAGGCCAUGUUUGGUGUGUGGAGUCUCUGUAGUGAAUUCUGUGAGCAAUGUGCCGCAGUUAAGGACACUAGAAAACGUAUGGGCGGCCACCACGGACUUAGCAACAUCGUCGUCAUUAGUCCGUGCGAUGAACAGUGUGAACAGUGCUGCCAGUGACAGUUUAGAUAUAAUGAAAAUAGCUGGUGAUAAAUAUGUACCCGCUAAAUCUCAUUAUUUAGUACUUUAUGAUUUCCAUCAUAAAACCGAUUCAACACCACCGAAUAAAGAUGAUAUAACAAAAAAUGUUAAAUCUAAAAAGACCCUCUCAGGUACGGGAACAAGUGCUAGCUCUACAAGUGGACGUCAAGAGAGUCUUUAUCAAGAAUUAUGCAUGAGUAAAUUUCUUUAUGAUGUGCCGGUUAUCGAGGAAGUUGAUUCGGAAAUGGCAGUGAGUGCACACUUUGACGGAAUGUUUUCGGGUAAAGAUGGAACUUUAACUGCAUCAUCAUCAAACACUUUAUAUUCUACUUCAGUUGGUUUGUAUGUUCAACCUUCUGCCCAAAGUUCUCCACCUUAUGAUGCCAAUUUCAAUCCAAUUGCUGAUCCAUUUGCCUCUACGUCAGACAUCUCAGGAUUAAAUAAGAAAUCAUCGGAUGCAGGAAAAAACAUGAAAGCGGAUCCAGUAGUAUUGCAGACAUUGUUAAUUGAUGCAGAUCCUUCUUUACGAAUUACUUUUGUUGGACCUACUAAAGAUGAAAGACAUUUAUAUGUUGCGCUUUGUCCUCCUACAUCAGAGUCAAUUUCAAUGGAAAUACCGUCUUUGAAUACAAAUCAAAUGGAUAUUGACGAAGAGAGCGAAUUUUUUACAUCAAAGAGCUAUAUGUAUUGGGACCACAAUGAUGAACCAUCAGGAAAUAAAUUUAUUAAUGGCGAAAAUCACAAUGAAAUAGGGUCUUCUAAGGCUUUAAUAUUAAUAUAUGCAUUAGAUUUUUCAGAUAAAGUUCCGAAACUUAUUACUGAGCCAGUUGCCAAGAGAGAAUUUCCAGCUGAUCAGGCACCAGUAGAAAAUGUUUUUCUACCAUUACAAGACAAGUACAGAUCACUUUCAUUGAAUAAAAUUAAUGGAAGUUCAAGCGAACCUCGUGGCCAAGUUGCCUUAGUAUGUAAAGACGGUGUCGUAAGAAUAUUAGAUCUGCCUACUAUGAAGAUAGUAAAUGAAGCAAGAUCAGAGUCGGAAAAAUUUAUUUCUGCUGCUUAUUGCAGUAGAUUAGAUAGACUAUGUGCUUGUACAAGCAAUGGAGUACUCAGCUUUUUCAUUACAACGGAAGAAGAUGAUUCUGCUGAAGAGAAAGAUGAUGCAGAAGAUGUGAAUAUGGUAACAGAAUCUGGAGCAUUGAAUAAUGAACAACCAGCUCCUAGUACUUCUACUUCAUCAGCAAGUUAUCAAGAGCCAAUUAUCGCACACAGACCGAAUUUGAAUUAUUCAGAUUUACGCAGUUUAUACGAUUUAACACGUUUCGAUAAACAUUCUCCAGCAUAUGGAGCAACUGUGCCACCAUGCUGGAGUGAAAUGAUAGCUCAACGGCAACGUCGUUAUCCACAACAUUUACAUAAAACAGAAAAUCAGCAUCAUACUCGCACUUGGAGACUUCAAAAUGAUUCAACAACGUGGGACGAACAUGUAUUCGAAAUAACGUUACCAAAGAAAGUUGUUGAAACUAUUGGUCGUGUGGAUGUAAGAUUUACUCUGCAUUCACCAUGCUUAGAGCCUCCAACAAUUCAAGUUACUCUUCUGAAGCAAAAUAUUACAGGAGUUGGGCAUCAUAAAUCUCCAUUGACUCCUGUUGAUGAAAGAAUACAUUUUAAUUUAAAUAACGAACAAAAAGGAGAGAAUCCUAUUACCAGUGAAGAAUAUCAAAGACAACACAAUACUGAAAUUCUUUGCGGUCCAAUAAAUCUAAAACGGUGUAUGGAUCUUUCUGAUCAUUCUGGAUGUGUCACACUUACGAGUCCUAAACUUUUCCGCACAAAAGCUAGGACUCUUCUUGUUCACAUUAAAGCACUCAUUGAUCCUGCCAAAGAUGGUGCGGCUGCAACAUCAAAGUCCCGUGGUAAUUUGUACGAAAGUAAACCUCCAACUUCAAAGAAAUUGAGAAUAGAUGAUGCUGAACCAUAUAUUCCCGGCGCUACAGUUGAAAGGAUUGCUGCUAAUGUUAAUAAAAAAUUAGAAUACUACAUUGGAUGUGAUUGGAUUCACGAAAUAUCGAUUACAGUAAGAACAGUACAACCAACAAGUAUUCCAAAUGAAAGAAUACAACGAUGGACGAUGUUAGAUUCUGCUUUGUUUACUGAAAAUUUGCUGAAUGUCGCAUGUCUACAAGGGACCGAUAAGUCUCUCAUUGCACAGUCUCUUGCAUUAGAUAUUCUUGUGUGGGUGACGGCAAUCAGACUAGCGAGGCUGCGCGUCAGUCAGAAUAUUGCAGAAACAAAAGCAAUGCAAUUGGAUACUAUUCGUUGUGUCCAAGCUCGUUUACCGAAUCUCUUGCGCACAUGUCUUCUCUAUGCCGGCAGAAGCAUAGCUCACAAAUGUGUUAAAUUAAUUAUCAUUUGCAGCGAGGGCUUACGUAAUCUGGACGACCUCACGUUGCAUUCAUUUGAUGAAGCUGUCUUGUCUGUUAUUGUUAAUUUAUUACCUCAAGUUGUUAGUAUUCAGUGGGCAGGUUCAUUGCGCUGGCUGGCAAUUUUGAUUACACGACUUUUACCUUUAGAUAAAAACAAUAGCGUUGCUCAGCAAUGUAUCACAAUACUUCAACAAAUUUCAGGAGAAAUAUCUAAUCGUGUUAAUCCGUAUCAUUUAUUACUUGCAACGAGAUUUGGUUUAUAUACAAAUCCAUUUGAAACUGUUCUGUUCGACAUGGAAUCACCAAUGCCUCCGAAAUUGAACUCCUUACCAUUGACAUAUUCAUCAGUUGUAACUGGUGAACAAACUACAUCAUCUGUAAUGUCAUCAGGAAAUCUGUAUUCACAGGAUCAUAUUGAUUUAAGAGACUUGUUGACGUUACCAAUGCAUCCUAGUAGCAAAUUGAAAGCUUUAUGUACCAACCAUAGCAUGAAGGGUCUUUUAGAGGUUGAACCACUUCAUUUCACAUGCCAUACUGUUUCUGAUGGUACAAAAAUGGAAAAAAUAGAUCCAACUGGAAAUACAGUCGAUUUGGUUUCCAAUCUUUACGACAAUAAUGUCACGAAUAAUGGUGUAUCAGAUUUUAAAACUAUUAAUCCCACUUAUAAUUUGGACUCCGGAUCACUAGAACUGCACGCUACAAGCAAACAGAAUUUACAAGCAAUGAUUAGUCAUUGUAAGGCUGAAAUGACUAAAAAUCCAUCGACACAACUAUCACUAACACCAGACGAUCUAUCAGAUAGUGAUGAAGUGAACAAUAUAACAAGCAAUAACCAGAAAUGGCAAAACAAUUCAUCUAAUUCGCAUUCGUUAACUUCCAACAUGCAUAAAGAAAAAUCAUCCGCGAAUAUCAGCUCGACUACACACAAAGUCGAGGACAACCAUGUAAAAAAGCGGGAUGAAGUAAAUUUCCCAUGGGGACGAUUAUUAUGCUGGCCACCUCAACAGGCUUUAGUGGUAGAAAAAAUGCAUUCAGGAGCUCGACGAUUUAUUGUUUUGGAUUUUGGAGCUCCCAUUCUACUUACUGAUUUAAUGAUUCCAUCAUGCAAUGAUUUGGUAUCAUUGUCAAUCGACAUUUGGACGAAAAGUGAAGAAGAAGAUGGAAUUCGAUUGGUUGUUGCUAGUGAUAUUGGAACAAAACCACUUGUUGUUAAUGAUCUUCAACCACCGCCAGUAUGCAGAUAUCUAAAAAUAACAACUAUUGGUCGAUAUGGAAUGACUCCAGCAAGAUGCAAAAUACCUUUGGGAAUGUUUUAUGGACAUAUGGUAGUAUUACCAGGUGAAGGUUACUCAGAGAUGUCAGAUGGACGAAGUGAUGAUUCCAGUCAGACAGAUAACAAUUUAUUGUCAACCAUUGAUUCCCAAUGUAGCAUUUUAUCAGCUUUAGCUGAAGAUGUUCAGUGUCGCUUUAGUUUAGCGACUGAAAGACUGAAAAAUCUACUUGAUCCAUUGCUUUCCACUGAAACACCUAAUGUUAUGCAUAUGCAACAUUAUUUAUGUCGAGGAAAGAGUGUACUCGAUAGUAAAGAACAACCAUCAGCUAAGAUCUUAUCGACAUACCAGGAAUGUAUUACAUUCCAACAUCAGCUGAAUGUAGUUCGGUGUGUGUGGCGUCGAUUAGAAGCUUGGAAAGGGGUUGAAGUGACUCCAACAGUUCAAUUGUCUAGUAUUCCAAGUGAUAAACUAAGAAUUCUUGGAGAAACUCUUUCAGAUAUUCUUCUUUAUACUAUUUAUGAGAUCGGACCUGUACCACCAGUUUCAUCAUCUUUAUAUGAUAUUUUCACCCCUACAAUUUGCGAAAGAUUCUUCCAUUCAGUUUGUGUGGUAACUCCUGCUCCACGACUUCAACUUCAUGCUGCUGCACUUUUGGCUCGAAUGGCUGGACAUCAGCCAUGGUGGGGUAAUUUCUUAGCUAAUACGUUAGUUAAUCUGUAUUCUACAUCUUCAACACACAUUUUUCCACAAGAUAGAGUCUUUAUUUUAUUGACAUUCCUUGGCCGUAAAUCCUUGAUUGCUGGAGCGAAUAAAUCCUCUGUAAUUGAUUCAAUGGUUCGUACAUUGGGAAAACUAUUGGUUCCAUUAUCUAGUGAUCAACCUUUUAAUGUCGCUCGUCUUGAUACAACUCUUAUUGGUUGGGUGCUACUAUUUCUAUCAGUGUGUUUAGAUACUACUGCCAAUCAUGGUAGUGGUUCCGAGGAUAAUGAUAAAAAUAAAGAUCAAGGCAUAUCUUCACGUUGGGAAUUUUUACAAGGUGAGUCAGCAAUGCAGCGAAAAUAUGUCAAUGCCAAUCGAUCGAGUGAUUCAAAAAAUUUCCGGCGAUCCUUAGUAAAGAGAUAUAUGCAUCGAAAACCACAAUUACAUGAAAUUCAACUCGGAAAGAAAUUUAUUCAAGUUUCAUCGGCACCAGUAUUUGGAGCAUGGGUAUCAACACCAUCAAUGACUUCAGGGUUGUCGAAUAAAUUAGAAGCUCUCAAAAAUCAUGAAAAGCAUUUGAAGAAAACCCUCAAACAACAUUCGGCAUUUAGAUUUUUUAAAGACAUGAUGAAACGCAAUGAUCCUCAACAUAUACCUUGUGCAAAUCGCAGUAGCUGUUCCUCAUUACCACCUAAAUCAGAUCUUCCUGAAAUUGAUGUUGACGGAAUUAUUAAUUUAUCACAUCAAUAUGUGUUGCCUGUUGCACGAGGGCUCAUUUCUCUUAUUUUAAAUAAUGCAGCGAAUGUAGAUAUGUUUUUAUUGGCGUGUAAGGUAGUUGCUAGAUUAGUUGUAUCUACAAGACCUGUGAUAAGUUUAGGAGAAUUAAUGACUGAAGAACAACUUUCCAAGUUGAUCAAAUUGGCAACAGGUAACUCAGAUACUGCUUGGACAUCUCAUGCUAUUUCUUGUUUGCUUCAAGAUUUACUUGAAGGAGCAAGACUGUUUCCGAAACCUCCGUCAAGUCAAGGUAGUAGCCCAUCAGAAGAAAGUUUUGAGACUGCUUCAAAUGAAGGCCAGACCAGAAGUAAUGAUUUGGGAGAAAUUUCUGAAUCAAGCAGAUCAGGAUCGAAUUUGACCAAUGAGGGAAUCUUUACUGAAGGCGAAGGAGAUGAAGAUACACAAAGUAGUAUUACAGCAGUGCCACCAACGCCAUCGACUUCUAAAUCCAAUGGAUUUGACUUAUUACCUUCUUUGUUAGAAUCUGAUGAUAGUGAGUUAGAUGAUUUCUUGGAUGACAUUUUAGAAAGAGGUAAAAAUAUGUUAAAGAAGGGAAAUGCUAUAUCUAAAAUACCGCCUCUAGCAAAUUCAGGAAUAUCUUUGGCCUUAGACUCUCGACUCGAGUAUGGAGUUGAAAUGGGAGUGGAAAUAGCUUUGAGACGUUAUUCCACCCUUGGAGCCUACAACUUAUUAUUAAGUAUUAAUGCUUCAAUACAAUCACCAUCAGAAACGAAUCGUUCACAGCAGUCUUCUUCAAGAAACAACACGACUAAUACCAGAAAUCAAGACAUAAGAGUAUCAACAGAUCCACCACCUUGUAGUUUAACGAUGUUGACUCGAUGUUUUGAUAAAAUAUUUUCUGAUUUGUCUCUUCAGACAUGUGGUACAAAUUUAGAAUUAGUGCUUCAACUAUGGUUAACAUUAAACUUGGAUGCAUCAAAAGAUUCAUCAACUACACCACCUAAUCAAUUCGAUCCAUCAUUGACGCCAGUUAUUCCUUUAAGCUCUACAGCUAUUUCUGGACUUAUAUCAGCACUUCUUUGGCAUCCUGGAGUAUCAUUACGUGCAUGGUGUUUAGCUUUGCAAACAUUAACCCUUGCCAGUAAUGAACCAAUGCUUAGUGAUUAUAUGAAUCCAAACAUAAGUGCACCUUUGGAUGGAUUACUAGGUGGAAUGGCCAGUUGUAUAGUUAAAGAUCGUAAUAUGGGUCCAAUGCUUUUGAGAUUACUCUCUGGAAAUGGACUAAAUGUUGAAUUACGUGACAAGCAAUAUAUGAUUGCUGGUCCUAAAGUAGGACUUGCUUUACAAGACUUUUUAGUUCGACUUGAAAUGCGCUGUGAUGUGAUAACACCAGAAAGUGCUCUUGGAAAUACCUUAAAAGAAUUAUUAUUAUGGGUUGUAUAUCAAUUAGUACAACCAGGAGGUGCUCUUGUUGCUCGUCGUGGUCCUUUAGAUGCUCAGUGCAUCCUUAUUACAUCAUUAAUCAACUUAAACUUUAUUAAUACAGAUUUGGGUACUGCAAUGAGCAUAACUGAAUGUGUUGGUGUAUUAGUAUCAAGAUAUGUCCGUUCUACACGUGUUGGUGCUCAAUGCCGAGGCAAUGAAGACUCAACUAAUCAUUCAGGUGGAUUUGACGGCCUUUUUGCUUGCGUACUUGGUGGUGGUAGUAAACAAGGUCGUCCUACAUCUUGGGAUGCUCUGGUUGUAGCUUUAGUUAAAUUAGUAUGUAAACUCGUCCAGACGCCAUUACCGAACGCACGGUUACCCCGAACUGACAAUUCAGUAGAUAUGGAAAUAGGAGAUUUAUCUCAAAGAUCAGGAAUGAGAGAUAUAGAUCAACAAGAAAAGUUAGAUAUAUCUCAAACAGAUGAAAGCAAAGUUGCUGAACAACAACAACAGCCAUCGAUGAGAAUGAAUCAAGGAGCUACGCCUAAACCUAAAUAUCCUUGCAUGGCAGAUACAGUUUUGCAGCAUGAACCGACAAUGAUGAGAUUACUUGGAGCUUUAGGAUAUAGUACAGGUUCAUCAUUAGCAAUGUUGUUUGGAGAAGAGUCCACAACAAGUACUGUAUCAGAUCUUGGAGAUGCAACUUCUAUUCCCGAUGCUACUUUUAUUCUUUUAAUGGCUUUAAUGAAGAAGGCUACAAGUCCAACUUUAGUGUUAAAUCCAUUAUAUCGUUAUUUGUCAUCAUCUGAGGAACAAAUAGGUACAGAUCGUCAUGUUGAAGCAAUGCAACUAUCAGAGCCACUACUUUGGUACAUUUUAAAAGUUUUAGAUAACGAAUCCUCUUUAGCAAUUUUUACGGAAAUGGGCGGUGUAAAAGUACUCUGUCAGAAUAUGGUUAAAUCUAGUUGUGAAACCUUUGAUAAUGGAAAUGCUAGCACAUCAACGCCUGGUGUUAUUGCUCUUGUAAUGCAGCAUCUUUCAAACGCACCUAAUUUGGCAGUUACAGCAUCGAGCAGUAAAAAAUCAGGAUCUAUAGAAACCUAUGAAAAUGGGUUAUUGAACUUUGCUCCAUUAGGAACCAUAUCUUGGGUAAAACCAAUGGUUGAAUCAGCUGAUGCAUUAAUUCAAAAUGUUGCUCCUCACAGGAGAGCAAGAACUGCUGCUUGGUCUUAUCAUUUCUUUCCAGGUGAAGCUUGGGUUGAUUUAACGAUUACACUUCCUUGUGCUAUUCUCUUGAGAGAAGUCGAACUGCAUCCUCAUCCUGCUGCACUAGUCACUUGUCCAUCAGCUGUAGCACUCGAAAUUUCCCGAGAGGGUAAUUCUGAUCUUACACCAGUUUGCCCGCCAAUGCUUACGGCAGGAUUGAUGUCUAUUCGGCUUACUUUAGCCCAACCUGAAGUUGCUACAUCUGUAUUAGUACGUCUGUAUAAACCUCGAGAUUCUUCAAAUUUAAGUUUGAGUCAAAUUAGAAUAUUAGGAACUACAGCCUUUGGAGAAAUUAAAACUCGUAAUGAAACAAUCGAUGAAGAGCAACUUACAAAGACAAGUUUAGGAUGGCUCAGACUUAUUCAUCAAUGUUUAUCCGUGAGUGCAUUAUCGUCAACAUUAUCUCGAGAGGUGCUUAACUCUGCAGCAUCAGUACCAGGACUGGUUGGAGCCUGCUGUAGUCUUCUUUUGCUUCCAGCUCCUUCACUCUUUACUCCUAAUUUAGAGAAAGUUCUUUUACAACUUGGAUUACACUCUCGAGAACUAGGACUUCAACUGAUUAGUUUAUUACUGAAUAACAGAUGUGCACCAUUGUUUCAAGUAACCCCAUCAUCGCAAAAGACGUCGACGGUACAGUUGGUUGUCGAGCUUCUUCAACAGUUAUGUACAGCUCAAGAUCCCGGUACUGAAAGUCGAAUAUUUGCAGUACUCACCUGGCUUCAUACGUCUGCUAUGACUAUAGUCUCAAGAGUUCUACGCAAUAAUCCAAAUGUUGUUAGUCCACCUGCAAUUUACAUUCACUGUAUAUCAACAAUAAUUUGGAAGACACAUGAAGUAGAUGAUCGUGCUUACAAUCUGGAAAAUAUGUUAACAGAUGAUCUUUUCAAUUAUCUUUACCAGUGGACUUUGUCAUUGAAACCACAUUCGGUAUUAAAACAAGCAAUUGAUGCCACUCUAUGCGCUUUUUGUUAUGUGAAACCAUCGCUUUUCCUUACACUUCUUCAGAAAGUUAAAAUUCUUGUUCCGAAUUUACCUACCGAUCAAUUUGCAUCAGUGUCAGAUGAUCGUAAAGAAAGUGAAGGACAAACUGAUGAUAGAAAAAGUGAAGCCGAUUCAGAAGAGUGGUAUUGUCGUUUACAUUUAUCGGAAGGUAAUCAUUUACAGCUAACUGAAGGACAACUAUUGACAGUAGCAGCUGCAGCACGAUCUCCUCCUGGAAUUCAACAACUUAUUGAUUCGGGACUUCCGGCUCUAUUGGUUGCCAUUAUAACUGACUUUUGCAAGUUAGAGAAGUCAAAGCAACAAAAUGGUACAUCCGAAGACGACAAGAGCCAGAAUAUUAAUGUGAUGAAUAGUGGCUUGACUGAUAGUGACAAAGCUGAAGAAGCCGCUUACCAAAGUUCUAAUAAUUCAAGCGGUUUAAAUAUGAUGGAACCGGACAGUAUUGCAGCAGUAUUGGAGUUUUUGACACUUGUUUGUUCUGAAGGAAAAAUGCGUGAUUGGCUUGGUCGAGAAGGACGUGGUUUUUGGUUGCCUCUCGCUUCAUUACUCAGUAAUAGACCUGUUGAAAACCCGUCGAUUACAUUUGCUAGAAUUAAUGUAUCUUACACGAAGUUGGAGAGCUCAAUGAUAAAGUUCCUCUCCAAGUGCUGUUGGUGUCACCCUUAUAAUCAAAAGUUACUUGCUGAAUUGUUGACUGAUGUCAUCCUCCAACAACGUGUUUCACCCAAUGUGAAGUAUUUCCAUGGAAUUUCUGGAUUUACUAGACGAUUGAUUCUUCAAUUACUAUUGGAAGGAGAGAAAGUAUUAGUAUCAGUAACCUCUGAAAUUCCAAUGACAAUAUCGAAUUCAACUACGAAUCAAUCUGUUCCUUCAAUGCCACCACAUCCAGCUCAUCCUUUGGGACAUUACCAUCAAUUAUUGUAUAUUUCAACACAAUCAACAGUAGCAGAUAUAUUACAACAAGUCUCUGGUACUUGGCUUACUUUACUACUAUCCAAUACCUAUAAGGACAAUGAAACUAAUACAAGUGGAACAAAUCGUUCUCGAGAGCUUUGGGAAUCGGGUAUGGCGUUUGUGGUGGAUACCUUGAGCGUAGCAGCAGGAAAUACAGCCAAGGAUAAAAGAGCUAAGGAAGCUUCAAAUAGAUCUCAAGCUCGUGGACCCAUCAUAAGAAAAUCCCGUUUAAGCUCGGAUGGGCCAUCAUCAUCUUCUAAGGCUACAAGUACAAGUACUCAAGGAAGUUCAGUAAAUUCGUCAACUCAACAGUACUUGACACACUCAUCUCGACCGAAUGUACCAUUACCAUCACAAUUAUGCAUCGCUCAACUUCUAGCAAUUGCUGAAGACAGUGGAUUAUCUUUAUCAGACCCUUGUCUGCAUUUAGUUCUUCGACAACGUAAUAAAGAUACAAAAGAUGAUGCAGCUAAAUUUGAUGACAAUGAGUUGUUAAAUCAUCGUUGUAUCGAAAGUGCGCUAGGAGUAUUUAGUGCAGGAGGCGGCUUGGCAGUAUUGGCGAAGCAUCUUCCUCUUAUUUAUCCUGACUCUGGUCGACCUCCGGCAUUUGUUGAAAAAUCUCCGUCGCCUGAACAAACUGAUACCGAAUGGGUAAAAGUUGAAGCUAGUGAAGAUAUUUAUGAAGAAUUAGAAGAAGCUGGAAAUUCAAAUUCUCCUCGUUCAGCUCCUCCGGUUCCUCACGUGCCACUACAUUCCUUAGCAGCAUUCGGUCUAUUUCUCAGACUUCCGGGUUAUGCAGAAGUCUUACUAAAAGAUAGAAAGCAAGCUCAGUGUCUUUUGAGAUUAGCUUUGGGUGUGACAGAUGAUGGAGAAGGUGGUGACAUUCUCAGUUCUUCAAUUGCUUCUUCUUUACCAACAUUACCAUUUCAAGUAUUGAAACAAUUGUUGGAAGCGACACCACCUACUACAGAUGAUGGAUUAUUACUUCGAAGAACAAUGGUUGAAGUAGGUGCUGUUCUUUUACUGCUUAAUUGUUUGGCAGUGUUCACUCAUCAAACUGGACAAAAUGAGCCGUCAGAUCAAAGAAUUGGCCAAACUGGCAACAGAAGUGACGAUAAAUCUCAUUUAUAUUGGGCAAAAGGAACUGGUUUUGGCACUGGAUCAACAAUGCAAUCUUGGAAUGUAGAACAGGCACUUCUUCGACAAAGAUUUGAAGAGGAGCAUGUGACCAUACUCUUACGAGUAUUAGCCAGUUAUGUAGGUUCAGGAAGUCAGCCUCAACGUGAACUUCCUGCAACAUUUGCUGAGCUCAUUUCUCGAUCGUGCCUUCUCUCAGCAUUAUCUUCAUAUUUGAGAAAUGAUUCUGUUUUAGAUAUGGCAAGACACAUCCCUCUAUAUCGCGCAGUUCUACAACUAUUAAGAUCGAUGGCUUUAUCAUCACAGUUAGCUCCACUUUUACUUCCUAGAUCAGGAAGAUCAACCGAUCCUUCUAUCGUUUCAUUACUAUCAAGUAUGAGAGUUUGUGUUAAUACUUAUGUUCAUAAGAUUAAUCGUACACGUGGUAAUAAAUCUAAAAAUUCUACUAAGUAUCCUGAUGAUACUGAACAAGAUGAAGGAUUGGCAACAUUAAUACCAGAUAUUCAAGAGAGUGCAACAAUAGUACAGAAUGCAACUUCUAGACUGACUGUAGUUGGUGAAGAGCUUGCAGGUCCAAGUCCUACAGCUCCAGAAUUACCAUUAAAAUCUAUAGAACAACGAUAUCUUGAAGUGAUGAAGAAUCUUCAAUUUGAUACAUAUGAAAUGAUUUCUGAGAAUCCAGAUGGUGGAGGAUAUCGAUUUGCGGUAUCUUAUCACUUUGAAUCAAAUAUGAAAGCAGCUGGUGAUAGAAGCCAUCCAACAAGAGUCAAAAGAUUAGCGCAGGAAGCGGUAACACUGUCUACAGCAUUACCAUUGUCAUAUAGUAGCAGUGUAUUUGUCCGUUGUGAUUCUGAUCGUCUAGAUAUUAUGAAAGUCUUGAUAACUGGACCAGCAGAAACGCCAUACGCCAAUGGCUGCUUUGAAUUUGAUGUCUAUUUUCCCCCUGACUAUCCUAAUAGUCCUAUGCUGAUAAAUCUGGAGACAACUGGACGCCAUACUGUGCGAUUUAAUCCUAAUUUGUAUAAUGACGGUAAAGUUUGUCUCAGUGUUCUCAAUACUUGGCACGGAAGACCGGAGGAGAAGUGGAACGCUCAUACUAGUAGUUUUCUACAGGUUUUGGUGUCAAUUCAGUCGUUAAUAUUAGUACCAGAACCUUACUUUAAUGAGCCAGGGUACGAGAGGUCGAGAGGUACAACUAGUGGUGCUCAAUCUAGUCAAGAGUACAAUGCUAAUAUUUGUCUGGCAACUGUAAAAUGGGCAAUGCUUAACCAAAUUAAAAAUCCGUGCCCUUGUUUCAAAGAAGUUAUUCACACACAUUUCUGGAUAAAGAGACAUGAAAUUGUAGCUCAAUUAGAAGGCUGGAUUAUGGAUAUGGAAAUGCAUGGAUCUGAUAGACGGUCUGCUCGGACUAUUUCUUUGAAUGCUCUUGCUUUGAGGAGGCACUACAGACUUCUGCGAGAAGCGCUUAAUAAACUGCCAACUCCUGAGGGACUUGAAGACCUUGUGGAGCCUUUACAGUCUCCGGGCUCUCCUUUGGAAAUGUCAGAAACACCAGGAACUCCGAAUACGCCACCCACAAGUACAACGUCAACGGCUAUGUCAUUGAAUAAUUCCGUUACCCCAUUAACAAAUGCAAGUGGCAGUAAUCACGUUCAUCACGAAAUCGAUACCGACGUAGAAAUGGAAAAGAUGGUGUCGAAAGUUUGUGAAUAGCUAAUGCGUGUAUUAAUAGAGAUUGUUGGACCUUUUGAAAAGUCUAUUGACAGUGUUAUAAACAAUAUCAUCAAUAGUAAUGAAAUUGAAAAAACAGCGAAACAAAAUAUCACUACUUGACUACAACUCAAUUUACUCGAAUUCAAUGCCUCCAUCGAUAAGGAGCACUAUUGAGUAAUAAGGAGCCACAAAAUAAAUAUUGCAAAAUGAAUACAAUGGUAUUAAAAAAAUUUUUUUUUACUUAUUUCAUUUCAUAAUCGUUCAUUUUUAUUAUCAGCCGCGAGAAAAUUAAAAAAAAAUUUGGUUUAACUAUGACUGAGUGAAUAAGGGACUUUUUUUCAUAAGUAGGUAGAGAAUUGUUUUUACUAUUAUUAAUGUCAAACUUUGUCAUCAAGAGAGUACCCGAGGAAACGUAUGAAUGGGAUUGAAAAAAAAAAGAGAAUAAAAAAAAAUCCACAUGUCUGCUACAACUACUAUAUGUACACUGCUAAACUUUUAUUCUGAACUACUUGUAAGUCCCAAGUGUAAUAGAUAUAAUAUUUAUUAUACGUGUUCCUCACUUACGUAGUCAACUUCGUGAUUGAAAAAAAAAAAAAAAUAAUAAUAAAUAUAUUUAAAUGAGUCACGUUUAAUAAAUGAAGCGGCAACUCCAUUGUGUAGCACAUAAAAGAAAAAACAAAGAUACAUUGUAAAUAAUUUGCCAAUAAGUUUACUUAGUAUAUGACUAUUGACGCAUAUGUGUUUCUAUUUUUAAGAGUAACUACAUAAAAAAAAUAAAACAAUACAAACGUUAAAAAAAAAAAAAAAAUAAACUCGCUAUACCACGAAGAGCCGCGUACGAUUCGCAGCUCCAUUUCUGAAUAAUUGAGUCGAAAAGUGCAUGAGAUCAGGAGAGUGUGUUGAUAGUUAUUUAUAAUAAACGAGUAUUACCAUUUA